UUCAUGUUAUUAGAACAUGUGUGCAGUCAAAGUUGAUCUUGAAGAAGGCAGGCAAGGCAAACAAGGUAUACCGGUGUUUAAUUCCAUCAGUAUCGCGCCUGCUCAACCUCUCUACAUUGCAAUUCUAUUCUCAUUCCACAUAUUUCUUUUUGUAAAAGGCUGUGAAUUGUGAUACCCCAACACAACACAACACAACACGACGACACCGUGUGUGUGUGUGUGUAAUGAAUGUUUUUUUUCCAAGCACCAAAGUCAAAAGUCAUUGCACGCACUAAAUUAACUACUAUUCAUUUUCCCCACUUCUUCCACUCCCAUCUCUAUCUUGGUCUUCUCUCAAGUUUCCAACUCCUCCUCUUUCCCAUUGAUACAUUCAAAGUUUCUUCCCAAGAGUUUGUUGCGCAACUCAAAAUGAGCUCUUCCAACACCUUAUCUUUCUCCACUUUAAUGCUCUUUUUCUUCUUCUUCAUCAUCUUCUCGUCAAACUUCACCUUUGCCCAGCCCUUCCGCUGCACCUCCCCCCGCUCCACCUGCAAAGCUCUCGUCGACUACGUCUCCCCCAACGCCACCACUCUCUCCGCCAUCACAACCCUCUUCACCAUAAAAAACCUUCGCACUAUUCUUGGAGCCAACAACCUCCCUCUCUCCACCCCACCCACCUUCCCCAUCGCUGCCUCUCAGACCAUCAAGAUUCCCUUUCCCUGUAUCUGCACCAAUGGCACCGGAUUCUCCAACCACCGCCCCAACUACACGGUGCUCCCCGGCGACACCCUCUACCACAUAGCUGCCGAGGUGUUCUCCGGCCUGGUCACCUACCCACAAAUCCAGGCCGUUAAUAAUAUAUCUGAUGCCGACUUGAUUGAGGUCGGGCAGACGCUGUGGAUACCGCUGCCUUGCAGUUGCGACGACGUUGACGGGCAGAAGGUGGUGCACUAUGGGCACGUGGUGGCGCCGGGGAGCACGGUGGAGGGAAUUGCACAACAGUAUAAUACAUCACAAGAUACGCUUUUGAGGCUCAAUAAUUUGACUGGUCCGCAAGACCUCAAGGCUGGGGCUGUUCUUGAUGUUCCACUCAGAGCUUGUUCUUCAAUGGUGAGCAACAACUCAAUGGACUACCCUUUACUCGUUCCCAACGACACCUAUGUUUUCACAGCCACCAAUUGCAUAAGAUGCAGAUGUGAUGCUGCACUAAACUGGAUGUUACAAUGCGAACCUUCCCAGAUCAAUUCAUCGUGUCCUGCAAUCCGAUGUGAGGGUGCAGAAAACUUUUACCUUGGAAACACAACCACCUCAGGUUGCAACCGCACCACCUGUGCGUAUGCUGGUUACAACCAAACGAUUCUAACGACAGCAGCUUUGGAGUCAACUUGCCCUGCUUCUGGUAAUAGGUCAUCUGCAAUGAGUUUGCAAGGCUUAGGGUGGAGGUGGAGUGAAGUGGUAAUUUUCAUGCAUAUGCUGUUGCUUUGCUUUUCGUUUCUCAAGUGAUGAGAUAACUUUAUGGGCAACACCAACACGCCAUUUGGGAAAGGUGGGAAUCAGGAAUGUGGUUGGGAGAAGCAUUUGAAAUGGAGAUGGAGAUGGAGUUGGUGAUGGUGAUGGUGAUGGUGAUGGUGAUGGAUGUAUUAUCAUUAUUGUUAUUACUAUAUUGGUGAGCCUGAGCCUCCCUGUAUGAAUGAAUGUAUAUUUGGUACUGAUGAUUAAGACCCGCGCCUAUAAUUAUAAUUAUUCACUUGUCUUGGGAGACGCCUCUUGUUUAA